AUGGUCACGUUUUCUGAUGAAGUCAAAACUUGUUCUUGUUGUGGAAAAUCAUCAUCUCAAAAAGAAAUAAUGUCUUACACAACAUUUGGACAACCUGAUCUUGAUCUGAGACCACCGCCAAUGAAACGUGACACGAUGUUUGCUUGGAUUCAAUACUGUUCGCAUUGUGGCUAUUGUAGCCAUGACAUAAGCGACCAAAAAGGAGUAUCCCGCAAGGAAAUCAUUGAAUCAUCCGAUUAUCAAGCACAACUGUCUUCAAAUGAUUAUCCAUCAUUAGCAAAUCAAUUUCUUUGCCACUCAAUUUUACUUGAACAUGAGAACAGUUUGGUAGAGGCAGCAUGGCAAGCACUUCGUGCUGCUUGGGCUUGUGACGAUGCCAGAAAUGAACAAGGAGCAGUGCAUAGCCGUCUGCGUGCUGUUAAAUUGAUCGAUGAUUCUCGUUCAGCUAAUCUCGAAUUUAGUAAACAGCUCGGUCUCGAUCGAUGUAUCGAAGCUGAUGCAUUGCGCCGCACAGGAGAACUUCAACGUGCUAAAGAAUUACUUCAACAUACGCAAGGUGGUGAAGAAGAAAUUAUCAAGACUUUAUUUAAAUUUCAACUUCAUUUAAUUGAAUCCAAUGAUACUAGAUGCUAUACAAUUGCAGAUGCACAAAAGUAUCAUGAUACUAACAAAGAAUAA